UCUUUUAACAAUGGAAGCUAUUGAAGAGAUCCAAGAAUUCACAAUCUCAAAGCCAGCCGGAGCCCCACCUUUCCUUGGAUCACUUACUACCACAAGUUUAUCCACGCCACCACCUUGUCUCACUCACCCAAAACUUUGAACAAUGAACCGACGAACUGUCUCUUCUAAGACACGACCCUUCUUAUCAAGGUCUGCCCUUGUUUUAGCAGGCACUUCAAAAUGACCCCCAAACACAUUGGUCCAAUUCCGCAUAGUUCAAAAUGUUUGGAAUCAGCUGUUUGUUUGCUUCAAUUCAACAAAAAAUGUAUUAGUUCCCAAAUGACUAACAUCUAGUAGUGCAAGAAGGUUUAGAUCGGAUGAAUCGAUAUAGAAGUAUUACAAGACGGAUCGGAGAAGGAGCGCAUUAACCGGAUGAUAAACUUAAGGAGUCAUCACAAAAUGAUUCAACAAAACCUCUGCUACUCCAGCAAUGAUGAAGGCUCCUCCACUUGCACCAACCACAGCUUUUAGUUGACCAUCUUGUAGAUGAAAUUAAGUUCAAAGAAAUCUUCAAUUACAAGACACCUAUAAAGGUAGUAACAUUUUGAAAUUCAAGUUAAGAAAUUAGAAUGAAAAGAACACCUUUAGGAGAUAGUAGGAGACAUGGAUGAUAAUGGCCUUUUCCCACAGUCAGCGAGACAGCGUUAUCAAGUGUUGAAUAAAGAAGUUGGGCUGAAUUUCAUCACCUUCUGGGCUGGAGGCCCAUUAUAGGCCCAUAUAUAAUAUCCGACCCGCGUUGUUCGCAUCCCGUCAACAUUGCUAUUAUUCAAUUUCAAACCACCAUCUUUCUCCCGCCCAAUCUUCUUGCCCACGUCUCAACAUCGGUUCUUCGGCAGAGCUCAAAAAGAGGAAGAGAGAGAUUUACCGGUGUAAAUUAAUCCAUUUUUUUCCGUCUCCGGCAGCUACAUUUCUUCAUGUUUUAGAAUCCCACUGCGAACUUCAAUUAAUUUCACUGUGCACUACAUUAGGGUUUGAAAGUUUUUGUACAGUUGAAAAUCCAGUGACGAAGUACGGAUUCAUCUCAGAAUGCUGCAAUCUGAGUAGUCCAGUAAAGCCAAGAAAGACUGGUAGCUGAGAAUGGCAAGGCGAAAGGCGAAGAAAACGGUUAAGAAGUCCAGCCCUUCACCUAUACUAGAAGCAAAGGAUGAAGCAGCGAAUGACGAGGAUGUUGAACGGCAUGCUGCUGCAAUCCGUGCCAUUCGGGAUGUGGAGAUCGGGCGUUUGAUUACUGAAUUGCGGUUGCUUCGUUCGUAUUUCAACAAGGAGCAAUUGCAAACUCCUUUAUUGCAAUUCUUCGAAGAAAAACUUCCUAGGUUGUCUAUUUCGAGAACAGGCGAACAAGGAGAAAUUGAAGUACAAUGGAAGGAUACAGAGGAUGAACUACGCACCAAUCCAGCUGAUGGAAUAGAUAUACAUGCGUCUCUCCUUCACCGCCUGUCGAUAGCUUAUCCUAACUGCUCUGCCGGAAUGCGAUCUUUCAAUGGAUUCGAAUUUUCCAGUAAAUCAGUGAAAACGAAUCCUUUCAUUGUCGAGAACCUGCAAAUUCCAAACUUUGUUUUGGAGGAGCCCUCGGAUAAUUUGGUGCUCGGCAUGCCAGACAUACACCAAACUCCUGGGGUGAGUAACCAACGAUUAUCCAUUGGGAUGACUCCGAAAACCCGAAGACUGCCAAAACCAGGCGAGAUGCUUGUGUCCAUCCAUGGAUCCCCCUUGGGUGUUUACAAGGAAGACAACAUGGAAGCAAUCCAUGAAUCGGAAGAGGGUUGAUUUGCUGAUUCAACGCGACUUGACUGCUUGUCAAUAGAAGUGAUACUCCAAAUGCGAUCAUCUCGACCAUCGUUUUACUUUUACCUGAUGUACUUUCAACCUUCUUGUCUUGUAAUCUAACCUUUUGAUUACUUCUUAAAAGUUACUCUUACGUGUAUAACUAUAAACUAGUGUGUUUUAACUCCAAGGAACGAGCAUGUACAAACACGCAAUUGCUCCACUAGAUUAUUGUUCAUUGUUAUUUGUUACGAAAGUUGACGUUGGAUUAAAGGUAAA